CACUCGGCUCAGCCAAUGGGAGCGCGCGCCGCGGUCCGUUCCGAGGGUGCUGAAAACCCUGCGCGCCGACGCCGGGAUCUGGGCGCGCGCUCUCAGCAGCCUGACGCUCCCCUAACUCCGCGCGCCUCCCCAGCUCCGGGUUCCCUAGCCGGGCCCGCUAUGGCUCCCGACCCGGUGUCGACCCCGGUCCCGACCUCGGCCCAACUCCACCAGCCUCGCUACUUUACUUGGGAGGAGGUGGCGCAGCACUCCGGGCGGGAGAAGGAGAGGUGGCUUGUGAUCGACCGGAAGGUGUACAACAUCAGCGACUUCUGCCGCCGCCACCCGGGGGGCUCUCGGGUCAUCAGCCACUAUGCGGGUCAGGAUGCCACGGACCCUUUCGUGGCGUUCCACAUCAACAAGGGCCUCGUGAGAAAGUAUAUGAACUCUCUUCUGAUCGGAGAGCUGGCUCCCGAGCAGCCCAGCUUCGAACCCACCAAGAAGAAAGAGCUAACUGACGAGUUCCGGGAAUUGCGGGCUACGGUGGAGCGGCUGGGCCUCAUGAAGGCCAACCCCCUCUUCUUCUUGUUGUACCUGCUCCACAUCCUGCUCCUGGAUGUGGCUGCCUGGCUCACUCUUUGGAUCUUUGGAACAUCCUUGGUGCCCUUCUUCCUGUGUGCAGUGCUGCUCAGUGUAGUUCAGGCCCAGGCAGGUUGGCUACAGCAUGACUUUGGGCACUUGUCAGUCUUUGGCACCUCAACGUGGAACCACCUGCUGCAUCAUUUCGUGAUUGGCCACCUGAAGGGGGCCCCUGCCAGCUGGUGGAACCACAUGCACUUCCAGCACCACGCCAAGCCCAACUGCUUCCGCAAAGACCCAGAUAUCAACAUGCAUCCCCUGUUCUUCGCCUUGGGGAAGGUCCUCUCCGUGGAGCUUGGGAAGCAAAAGAAGAAGCACAUGCCAUACAACCAUCAGCACAAGUACUUCUUCCUGAUUGGACCCCCAGCCUUGUUGCCUCUCUACUUCCAGUGGUAUAUCUUCUAUUUUGUUGUUCAGCGGAAGAAAUGGGUGGACUUGGCCUGGAUGCUCAGCUUCUAUGCCCGAGUCUUCUUCACUUACAUGCCCCUGCUGGGGCUGAAAGGCUUCCUGGGUCUUUUCUUCAUUGUCAGGUUCCUGGAGAGCAAUUGGUUUGUCUGGGUGACACAGAUGAACCAUAUCCCCAUGCACAUUGAUCAUGACCGGAAUGUGGACUGGGUCUCCACCCAGCUGCAGGCAACAUGCAACGUCCACCAGUCAGCCUUCAAUGACUGGUUCAGUGGCCACCUCAAUUUCCAGAUCGAGCACCACCUCUUCCCCACGAUGCCCCGACACAACUACCACAAAGUGGCACCCCUGGUGCAAUCCCUGUGUGCCAAGUAUGACAUCGAGUACAAAUCCAAGCCCCUGCUCUCAGCCUUCGCCGACAUUGUUCACUCACUGAAGGAGUCAGGGCAGCUCUGGUUGGAUGCCUAUCUUCACCAAUAGCAGCAGCAGCCCUCCAUCUGGGAGAGGAAGAGGACAACUGGAGCCAAAGCAGAGGGAGCUUGAGGGAUAAUGCCACUAUGGAUCGAAUGUUCGAAGGGUUAGGGGACAUGGAUGCUUGUGCUCACACUUGCCCCCUUUGCCUUCUAGGUACCAAACCUAAGGGAAGAAGAACUGUUGGGGCAGGGAUACAAAGCUGUUCUAUUGUUUCUUCUGCUUUAACAGAGGCAAAUGGGGGCGACCUACAGAGCCCAGUGUGAAGCAGGGGCCCCGCCCUAGAAUUACCCUCUUGUAAAGUGUGAACCCAUCUCAUUGGGCUAUGUCUGACCCUACCCUCCCUGUUUGUCUCUGUGGACCUGUGUGACCCCAUUGAAUGAGACUCAGAAAGGGGGCAUUCAUGCAUAGAAUCCUGCAGCCUGGCAUAGCUCCAUGAUCAGGAGCUUAGCUUGCUGCCAAGAGCUGGUUGUAACCAUGUCUGCCUCCGGCUGCUGGGAGAAGCAGGCAGGGCAAAGGCCAGGACUAUGGUUUGGAAAAAGCAUUUGGCCCUGGAGGAUCCUGGCAUGAGUGACUCUGGCUUCCUGUUCCAUCCAGGUUCCAGAGAGAACAUGAGAUCCUAGCUUUGGGCAAAAUGGAUGGCGGAGUAACUGGCCUUUAAAAUCUGUUCAUUCACCUCUUUUAAUCAGUCCCCAAGGCUCCCAUAGUUUCCUUUUAUGUCAGUCUCUAGGUUGAAGAAAACAACCAUCAGCACAAGUGGCUGGGGUUUCCAUCAUAAAAGUGUCAGCACUCUAAGUGAUGCGUCCCUGUUCCUUGUGUUCCCUGUGUUCCAGCAUUGUAUAGCAUGGUCUGAGCUCCUCUGCCCAUUGCCCAAGUCUUAUUCUUCUGGAGGCCAGAUAGGAAUUCAGGAUAGCUUCUGACAAAGCACAUCAGUCUAACAAUGAAAUAGGGUUUUGUAGCAAGUAAGAACAGUUUAACUCACCCUUCCAGAGAACAUAGGAACAUGUCCAGAGAGGCCUAACCCUGCACAUCACAUUCACGCUCUGGUUCCCCUAACCUGUGGGUCUACCCAAAGCAUACUGGCCAUCUGUCUGGGAUUAGAGAACCUCAAACAGAAGGCAAAGCGUAACACGUUUGUGGAGAAAUGGCAGGUGGUCAAGAUGAGGGUGUUUGUGUAAAGGAUGUUGGGGUACAGUGUGGUGACAAACAGGGUUCCUUAAGUUUCCCAGGACAAUGUCCAGGAAGGGCAGGUUGCAGAAGAGCUCAGGCCUGAUUGGCCCUGUUUGAAGCAGGCUGGGUAAUCAGAAUGGAAGAGUGCUACCUUUAUUUGGCUCCUUCCCUCCAGAAGAGGUGCUGUCCCUCCCCAUGCCUGCUCCCCGCCACCUGGGGUACGGGUGUGGCACUGCCAGUCUGAGCAAAUACCAGUGAGCUCAGUUGAACCAAGACCAGGCUUCAGAGCACCUGAACCACUGUGGCCUCCCUCCUCAGUCCGCUUGGCAGGGAUGUCGAGCGACAGGACUGAGAAGUUACAGUGAUAAAGUGAGGUAGCUCAACUCCACUGACAAGAAAACAAAGUCAGGCAAAGUCACCUCUGCCCAUGUAGACAGAGGCAGAACAUUUGAACGGAACCUUGUUAACUCCAGCCUCCAUGUUUAUCUUUAUUACCUUCAUCUUUCUACUUCCUGGCCAAGGGUAUUCCCUUUAAUUGGGCCUAAUAUCAGCAUCUGUGUGUGCCAAUGCUGUCACUACAUCCUGGUGAGACAAAAAAUAAAAAGUAAUUUGGACCAA